AUGUCUCUUCUACGACAGGCAGCUGCUGGGGCCUCUCGUUCGAGUGCGGUGCUUCGAACCACCUCGACGCCUCUUCGUCACCUUUCCACCUCGAGAGUCAACGCCUCCAAAGAUCCGCAACUGGGCGACUAUCCGGACCUUCCGUUCGUCAGCCAGCAGCAGCGCAAAUACUCGCCCAAGUGGUGGGAUCCACAAGAGAAGCGCAACUUUGGCGAAACUCCUCACGAGCAAGACGAUGUGCUCUCUGUUUGGGCUCCCGACGUUCACGCAAUUCCCGCCACUUCCGCACUUCGUCAAUUCCUCGUCGCUAUCGGCGUCGUCGUUCUUUUCGGCUCGACAGUCUACGCCGCUACCCCCGAAAAACCCGCGCUUCCAAGGACCUAUCCCAGAGAUGGACUCGCCACUGAACUGGGAGGUGAACAAGUAGCAGCUCCUAAGGAGGGUGCAUUCAGCGCAGACGCAGAAGCGGACGACGAGGAGGAGGACGAAUAG